AUGUCCACUACCCAAAUAUUCCUCAAUUUCCAUCAGUCCUUCCCUUGUUUUCUUGCGAUUGCCAUUGGCAUAUGUUUUUUUUCUUGUUCUUCUAUCAUCUGUUCUCUCUUUUGGGUUUUUUUCACAGACAAUCCUCCAAGGAAUACAUCUGUUGUUGUUGUGGUUUUGGAAAGCAGUGAAGUGUACAUUAUCAUCAGCUUAUCGACCCGGAAUGACACCCAGGUCAUAUAUAUUGAUCCUACGACUGGGUCAUUACGAUACCAAGGAAAGCUUGGGCAUGAAGUUUUUAAUUCUGAAGAGGAAGCUUUCAAAUAUGUAACAGAUGGAUCAAGAUGGGUCUGUAAGAACGUAGUUUAUGCAAGUGCAAUACUUGGUUAUGCUGCACUGGGUAGCUUUGGGAUGCUUUUGGUUGCAACAAAACUGGAGGCUACAAUUCCAAAUCUCCCUGGUUGUGGAUGUGUAUAUACAGUUGCUGAAAGUCAAUGGAUUAAGGUUCCACUUCAACAUGCUCUACCUCAGGGUAAGGGGGAAUUAAAGAAUAUUCAGGAACUGACUGAUGUUGACAUUGAUGGAAAACAUUAUUUUUGUGAAACGAGAGAUAUUACCAGUCCAUUUCCAAGCCGAAGGCCUUUAGAUAAUCCAGAUAGCGAAUUCGUUUGGAAUGAAUUUCUGUCAAAGAGUUUCAAAGAUAUUGGACUGCCACAACAUUGCGUCAUUCUUUUGCAGGUAUUUUAUAUUCUUUCUUAUCUGUGAUCUUGCUCUGUUUUAUGGUUGUCAUUGUUUCAAUGAAAGAACGAGAGAUGGAUGAUUAUUGGUACUAAGAAUAUUGGUGAAUGCCAUUUUCUCUUACGUGUAUUUCUCACUGAGGUAAUGCUCAACUCAAUCCGUGAAUGGUGAUCCAUCUCAUGUUUGCUGUAUGGUUUGACGUUUUUCAUGGAGCAAGAGCUUGAAAUGAAUGCUAGAGAUGUCUGACAUUAGUGACCGUACGAAUUGGCACGGCAAUGCUAGAACUUUUGAAGUGCAAUCUUUUUCAAUUUCUCAAUCUUCGGAGUUCAUCUUUCUCCUUGGAAUCUUAUUAUUUGGCUCCCAAGACAUCUCACACGCUAAGUACCAGAAAGGAGUGGUGUAAUGCUCCGGUUGUCAUAGGCAGUGCAGCCUUGUUUCUUAUAGCAUGAUACUUCAGUUCUAUCAUGUUAAUGUGGAGUUUAUCAAUAAAAAAAAAAUUCGUUAGAUAUCUGGAAGUUUGAAAAACAUUUCUAGGACAGUUAUUGAUUUGGAAUUGAUCUUCAGUGGGGUGGUAUUAUCCUGGCCAAGGUUCAUAGGCAAGGGAGGGGCCCUUGUUAGUCCAUUGGAGUCUUGCUGAGAAAGAGGAAAGUCAAUGCCUAAUGGCAUAUGCAUCUCCAGCAGCUACUUUUUUGGUUUCCUUGCUGAGGACGCACGUUGGGUUGUUUUCUGCGUAUGUCAAAAUAUUUGGGGUAGGCAACAAGGUAUUGUUGGUUACCGCCAGAUUCAUGUGGUGUUGAAAGCAUAGCUAGCCUUUUGGAGGAAUUAUCAGCGGCAAAUAAUAAAAGACGAAAAAUGAAGUUCUGGUUAGAUUGUUUACCAUCAGUGCAUUAAUUUUGUUGAUUACUAAGAGCUUGAGUGAGGCCAUUCUAGCGGAGGCUUCUUUUAAAUUGAUUGUGAUUUAUGGGUGAUCAUCGGGUGAGUAGACCAAAAAUUGACCUGAUCCAGUGUAUUUUUUGAAGCCUUCGUAUGAUAAUGCUUAGACGAAUCAUUCUUUUCAGGGACACUUGGUUCCAGUCGAGUGUGAUAUUUGUUAUGUUUACCCAUUUGUCCUUGUAAGUACUCAUUUAUUACAAGAGGAUCGACGGCAUAGCAGGGUUCCAACCGUCCUGGUGUAGACAUGGGAGAUGUUUAAAAGAAUGGUUUUUGGAGAGCACGUGUUUGCGCCCCAUUUUCUUUUGCAUAUAGUAAUGUAUUUGUCUUGCCUAUCCGCAUCCAUGUGAUAAAUUUUUUUUGACUUAGAAUGUGAUAGUUGUAUGGUAUAUUCCUUUUAUAACUAGUAUCUAUAGGGGUUUGCAGACAGCCGAAGUUUAGCAUUGACGGGCCAACAAGGAGGGACUGUUGCACUGGUAGCACGGCGAAGCAGGCUUCAUCCUGGCACACGUUAUCUGGCCCGAGGCUUGAAUGCAUGCUUCAGCACAGGUAGUGUCUCUAUCCCAUGUAUUAUAACUAGUUUUUAAAAUUUUAGGAGAAAAUAAUCAUAUCCUGUGGUACCGUUAUUAGGAUUAAAAUUUCAAUGACUGAAUCCUCAAAAUUUCUUCUCUGAAUUCCAGUUCCAUGUACUCUGAUAUUUCAACCCAUCCUUACCGUAAAUUCCAUGACAUUCAGAUCUUUUAUUAACAAAAAGGAUCAACCAUCAAAAUUUGAUAACUGAUAUAGAAGGAUGGGCCCAUAAUUAAAAUCAAUAUUUUGAUUUAUAAUCGGUUAAAGUAUAUGUACACAUUUUAAUAAGAUUGUUCGGAUUGCUAAUGUCAGGCUCACAGCCAAAAAUAUUUUACCUAGUUUGCAGGUAGAGGCGUCCAUAUUUACCUGGUUAGGAUGUUAUGGACAACUUAGGCUGCAGUACAUAGCCAGCCACUCUCAAAUUUUGUUUUUCAUACUGAUCUUUUAAAUAGUGACACCCACAGGAAGGUCCAAGCAAUUUAUAGCAUAAAAUUGAUGAUAACUUAAUUUUAAAUCAAUUGAGAAUGCAUUUACGUCUGUAUGAGUAGAAGCGGCUAAUUAUGAGUGAAGUUUUGGAGUUUAAAGAAAAAUUGUGGAUGGAAACAUCUAAAUGUUUGAGAAGGGACGUGACAGAACCAGGAUAUCCAAUCAAUAAAAGGGUUCGAAUUUUUUUUAGUUGUGAUAUUGGCACACGGAGUGAUACAAUUACAUUGAUCCUUUUUUAUUUUCAUCUAUUGAAAAUGAGGCUGUAUUUGUUGGAUGUUUGAGUGCUUGAUGUGAAGUUUCCCUGCUCUUUAGUGGUUCCCCUAUUGAUUUUAGUGGAAGUUUAUCAUCUCAUGUCUAGCCGUCCCAGUGGACACUUAUCAUUGUAGAGACGUUUAUUUGGUCUCUUUUACGGUUUUAGAAAAAGAGCGUUGUUUAGGUUAUGAUAAACUUUUUUUACUGCUCAACAUUAUUCUAACACUGAUACGUAAACCCACAAGAAACUUAUAUGACAGGAUUUUUAAAAAUUGUGUAUGGUAUAUUUUUAACAGGAAAUGAAGCAGAGUGCGAGCAACUAGUAUGGGUCUCACAGGGGACUGGGCAAAGUAUUCCUUUCAGCUCUUAUAUCUGGAGACGAGGUACCAUACCGGUCUGGUGGGGCGCUGAGCUUAAAAUCACUGCUGCAGAAGCUGAAAUUUAUGUGUCAUCUCAAGAUCCUUACAGAGGAAGUGCGGAAUAUUACAAGAGAUUAAGCAAGAGAUAUGGUGUACGGAAUUCAGAUUUAAUGAUAGUCAACCAGAAAAAAAACUCUUUAGUCCCCAUUGUGUGUAUCAACUUACUAAGGCAUGGGGAAGGGAAGCCAGAAACUAUUUUGGUCGAACACUUUGCUGAGUGUUUAAAUAAUAUUAAAUCUAGUGGAAAACUUUCUUUUACUCAGUUGUAUUUAAAAAAUUUUGACUGGCAUACUAAUGUGAAGUUGAAAGGAGAGCAGGAGACAAUUGAGGAUCUGUGGAAGUAUCUCAAGACUCCUACCGUGGGUAUUGGAUUCUGUGAAGGAAUGUAUUCUCCUUCUCUGCAGCAGCUUGCGACAUUUAAAGGCGGGUCUAUUGUUGAGAAUGAUGAUAUUACAGGGGGUUUCUGCUUGACAGGUCUUCAAAAUGGGGUAAUACGCUUCAAUUGUGCGGAUUCUCUGGACAGAACAAAUGCUGCUAGUUAUUUUGGAUGCCUUCAAGUUUUUGCUGAACAAUGUAGACGACUAGGGAUUUCCAUUGACAGUGAUGCGAUGUCUACCGUCUCAUCAACAAACAGUAACUCCUUACCACCAGGAUGGGUGCAGUACACUCAUGCUGAGACAGGGAGGACCUACUAUGCUAAUCACAACACAAGAACCACUACAUGGGAGCACCCAUGUAAGGAGAAGCCUUGGAAAAAAUUUGAUAUGUCAUUUGAUCAGUUCAAGAAUUCAACAAUGUUAUAUCCGAUAACCAAAUUGGCUGAACUCUUCCUGCUGGCUGGUGAUAUCCAUGCAACACUUUACACUGGAUCCAAAGCCAUGCAUAGUCAAAUACUUAACAUAUUCAGUGAUGAUGCUGGCAAGUUUAAGCAGUUCUCAGCUGCACAGAAUAUGAAGAUCACACUACAGAGAAGAUACAACAACGUGGUUGUUGAUAGCUCCCGUCAAAAGCAGUUAGAGAUGUUCCUUGGAAUAAGGAUGUUUAAACAUCUCCCAUCAGUUCCUGUUUAUCCUUUGCAGGUUGGGAACAAAAUUUUUUAGUUGAAGAAUUUUUACAAGAUGCUAUUUGGUCUCUACUGCAGUUUAGUCACUACUCUCAGAGAUAUUUUCCAUGUCUGCCGUUGGUUGGCAUGUAUAAUGCAAUUAUUUACUCAAUUAUUCUCACAAUAAAGCAUACUUCUCGGCUAUUCAUGCUAAAAAAUUGAGGGAUUCAUUGUCUUAGCACCAUCGUGAAGAAUCUGCAUGUUUCUUCUUAAGGUUGAUGGCUUCCUGUGCCCUACAAAAUACAUGGAAGCAUAAGCUUACAGAAAAAAAAAAUGUUCGUUGAUUGGGAAAUCUAACUUAUAUCUCAGUGUUAUCCUGACAGUUUUAGAUUUAUACUUUAUGGGUUUUUUAGUGAGAAGACUCUUCAUUUAUGCUUUCUUCCUUUUUCCGUUCAAGGAAAUCUCGUGAUACUGCACUUUUUUUUCUACUAUGUUGCCUCAGCAUUUUUUUUAAUCAAAUGUUCUCGAUUUUAUAUUUUUUCUCUGUAUCUACGUUAUGAUCGAUUUCUUCAGUUUACCAUAGGCUUAUCUCUCUAGGUUGCGCAGGCAUUUUGUGAAAAGGGAAGUCAGAAUAUGCCUCAUAUAGGGGAGCACAAUUUGAAAGUCAAUGAUUGCGGUUUUCUCAAGGUUUUUUUAUCUGUCACGUUGGACCCAAUGACCAAUUGAGUAAUGUCUGGGACCUGGGAUAGAGAUCUACCAAAGUCCAUUUUGAUAAGAGUUCAAUUUUCUCAACAGUCUUCUUUAAUCACAUACUAAGUAAUUCAUUGAGAGAUUGAUUUUAGUAACAGCAAUCCAAUGAGAGAACCGCCACAAAAAGCUUGAUACGAAGAAAUUUUAGGAAUUUUUAUUUUGAUUGCAGGUUGUAGCUGCUAGGAGUUUUUGUGAGCUCUUUUCGUGGUAGCUGAGACAUGCCAUUUUUCACAUCCGCGUUCAUUUGGUUUCCUUCCUGACAAUUAUUCAUUCCAGGUUUCGUUGUUCUUGUUCAUUUAUCAAUUCAAAGUCAUACUAUUUUUUUUUUCAAUUCGUGAACAGUACAUACAUUUUGUGAUCUUAAAUUAUCCAAUUUUUGUCCUACUGUUAAAAAAAUUAUGAAUUUUUUAUUAAUUUACUUUAAAAUAUGAUUCCUUAAUUUUCUUCUCAAGGCAACAUAAACUUGCUGCCCAUAAUAGCUGGAACUUUGGUGUCCAUAAGAUUACAUGGCAGCAGGAACCUGCUGUCUGUGGUGAUUUGCUUUCCAAAUCAAACAGUUGAUGAGCUUGCUGUGAAAUGCCUUAGACCAUUCAGAGUAAUUUUUAGGCUAUAUUCAAUUCAUAUAACUUUUAGCCUUAUUUAUUAAAAUAAUAAAUUUACCGAAAAAUAUGUGUCGACAUUAAUAACCUUCUUCUCUUAUCAAACUAAAUUCAAACUAAAAAAAUCAGUUUUUUAUGUGAACCGCUCAUUGUUGGCAAAAUUGUCAUGGCGUCGAUAUUUCUCUCACCAAGCACAACAUAAAUCUCUGGGUAACACUUCUCUCAUUCAGCUGGUGCUCGAAUCUGUCCAAUCUUGAGCUAGAGGGUUCCCCCAAAAGUUUGAAAAAUAUGAAGCAAUUGGCGGUAUGAGAUCAAUCAAUGCUACAUUUGUUAGAAAAUCUGUAUCUCCCUUUUAUACCUAGUAUCCCGUCUUCCCCUCAUCAGUAGAGAGAGCAUUUAAAUCUUCCCUCCAUUGACAACAUUUGUACUUUGAGAUUAUCUUCAAGUUCACAAAUUUAGUACGAAUACCUAGUUCCAUUUUGUUUAAAUAAUGUAAUGAAGAAUUUAGAAUCUUUCAUUGUUUAACGGGGAUAGAAUACUAUUUCAAUAAACUAGGAAUGUACAACUGGUUCAGAAAUUUAGGGAUAGAACUAGUAUUUCAAAAUUACUGAUGGAAGACAAUGAUUCUGUUGUAGGAUCUGUCAUAUGUAUGAAGAUAAUGCAUUUUGUCUUUCAGAAUUAGAAUGGAUUUGAUGUGCAAAACUCGUGUGGUUCUCUAUUCAGAACAUUGUGUGGUGCAAUCAUUUUUUAACAAGUUAGGAAUUUUUGUAAAAAGCAUUUUUGGCUCAUGGCCUUUUCUCCUUAAUUACGGUUUGCCUUGAUAUUUGUAUUCAUAAAUGUGCGAAGCUUUCAUGCAGUUUAUUGACAUGGAAUCUACAUAAUUUAGUAUUCUUAAUAAUAAUGCGCCAUGUUAAGCCUUUUGUCAUAGUAACAUUAGGAAGCAUUAGUUUUCGUUCUGUAAAUGAAAUAAGUUGCAUGAUUGAAAAAUGUUUAGAAAUUUCCUAUGCCAUUACCUAGUUAGGAAAUGAAAUAUUUUACUGCCAACUAAUCAAAUCGGCCCUUUUUAUCGACAGGUACUUUCCAGACCACCUGCAUGCUUUUUAAAACCAUUGUCAGAAAUGUUUCCAAGUUUGAAGAGUGAACCAAGCCUUCUUAGUUUCAAAAAGAAGGAUAUGACAUGGGUAAAAUCUCUUUUCUUCUUUAAGAUUAAAUUUAAUUUUUUCGUUGAUUGGGGCAAUUCAUGUUUGCCAUAUCACUUUUAUUGAUGCCUACUGGCGAUAGUGUGUCUGAGGAUUUAACCCCUAUGACUGCUUGAAAGUGGAGAGGAAGGGUGGUCAGUAACCAGGUUUCCUGUUAUUGACGAAAGCAAUUUGACUGCAUGAUUUCCUUUUUGUUGCAGGUUUGUUCUCCAGCAGCAGAUGUUCUUGAACUUUUCAUCUAUCUCGAGGAGCCUUGCCAUGUCUGUGAACUACUUGUCACAAUUUCUCAUGGUGGUGAUGAUUCUUCGUUUCCAGGGACAGUAGAUGUGCGAACAGGGUGCAAUUUGGAUGCUCUUGAUCUUGUCGUAAAGGUUCGCCCCCUUAAAAUAACUUAUUUUCGGCAAUGUGUCAUCAUGAGCUUUAUUUUGAGCUAUUGUUUCCUCUCUUAUCUUGGUAGAUAAUUGCAGACAUCCGAUGUCUAAUUUAAUUCCCCCCGCAAUAUCCUUAAAUUUGUGUUCUGUCGUCUGGUCUUCACCAACCAGCAACGUAUGACACUGUUGCAGGAAUAAGAGAGAUGCUACUUAUUCAUGCUCAUUGGUUUUGAUCCUUGCAUCAUAUGUUUUCAUGCUGCCUAGUUUCAGUGGCACAAGAUAUUUCGACUUUUAGAAGUAUCCAAUAACUGGUAGUCUUAUCGCCACUCAUGUGAUUUAUAUUAUUUAUUUUUUGUUUAUCACAUCCUAUGAUGACAUAAAGCUCUCUCUGAUGUAGCAGAGCAUCGUCCUUUGAUGCUGUGAAUUUCUUCCUGGCUUGUUCACCUGGUUAAUGAUUUUAGUUUUGGAAUAGGAUAUCCUAGCGUUGCGUUAUAGUAGUGGGGUUUAUUACUAUCACCAAAGAUUGGUUAUUGCUCACAGUUCUAUGACCCCAGAGUUCGGAGGAUUCUGUUUCCAGUGUUAUAACCGAACCUUUGUACCUUUGGUUAGACUGCCACGCAGUGUAAACCACUGCCUCUCAGGCCGCCCAAUCUAAUUCUAUCCCGCAAUGAUUGAUGAAGCAUUGAAAGUCACAGCUAUAUAGGCACAAUAUAGUGCUGAUAUGACAUGACUUGAACCAUGAAAUAUGGACAGGCCAAUUAGAUACACCUGGAAGAUCAGUGUAAUUCACUUAAUAGGCACCCUCUUGGGCACUAGACGCUACUAGUCUCCACCAAGGAGUGGUUUUCCCACCUUGGUCCCUACCGUCUUAGAAAGGUUGUUCUGAGGAUAAUUUAAUCAAAGGUACAUGAAGAAGAAUAGAUACUUGCUGACCUUCAGAGUCUUCGUUGACCAUGCCAGUAAAGAUGCCCUUUUUAACACGUUUUCUUUUCUGCAUCUUGAAACCCAUAAUGUGAAAAUAAAUUCCUGGUGCACUCUUGUACCCUGCAUAGUUCCUGAUAAUGUUUUUUACUAAUGUCUGGCGUAUACAAAAUUUAUGAUCUACUAGGAUUUCAAUUUACAACAAAUACCAGAAUAAGGCUACCGUAAAGAAACCUUCGCAUGAAUUGUCUGCUGCUAGAUGGUGCUGAAAUCAUCAUUAAAGAAGUCAUUCACUGUGCAAUGGACCCUUCUUAAAGCCCAAAGCAGUUGUACUCUUAACAUCGACAACAUGUAUGAUGUGCUUUCAAUUGUCCACAGUUUGCUCCAGGUGACAUAGUUACUAUAUACUCCACCUAAUGAUAGACAUGUAGCAUGGAUUUUAGUACUCACUGCAAGUCUCUAAUCAUCUUAUUUCUCUUGAUGUAAAUCGCCAAAUAUGAUCGUAUACGGUUGAGCAACCCCAAUGGUCGUGCCUCGGAAAUAAUAAAAAAAGCACAGCAAACAGUCAGUAAUGGAGUACUCACAUUAUGUUUCUUAAGAAUGCGACAUUGAAGGAUAAAGUAAUAUGCGGUUUGAUGUAAUUCCAUGAGACAUAAAAUUUGGAUAGAGAAAUCUAGUUCAUGCUGUGGUACCAAAAAACUAAAUAUAAUUUAAUCUUAUGAUUGAAUGGUUGAGUUAUUUGGCGUGGAAAUGGAGGAUUUUCCUCCACAAGAAGGAUGCCAUUAACUCUUGACUGUAACCUAAGAAUAAGAAACAAAAUCGAAGACUUUACCCUCCCACCCGUAUGGUCAACUAGAUAUCAAUAUUGUCCUGGAAGAAAAAGCCAAAGUGGUGUUGGAAAGAAAAAGGGGUUGCUUGCUAUCAAAUAUUUCUAGAACAUGGUGGAGAAAAAAGGUGUCAGAAGUACGAAGGACAAGUGCCAGACAAGGUUAAUACCUUUCUAUGGCUAAUAAAAUGUUUACCACAAAAAUUUGAAAGAAACCCAUGAGUUUUAUCUCUAGCAGGAGGUUUACAUAUUUGGCAGCAGUUAUUAUUUCAUACCCCAAUUCCUAUGUCCUGAGCAUGUGGAUUUUCGUUCUCGGAAAAGAUGGAUUAUAGUAGGAUUGUAGUUGAGAUUAUCUGAGGUCCUCGUAUGAUGUACUUCGUCAUUGAAGAAUUUUGUUUUAUUAUGAUUGCUCUAUGAGUACCUUUGUAAUCAUUGAAAUGAAUUGACUUCAUAGUUUCGUUUCGAGGGUGUGGGUGAUUUAAUCUUGACUUUGAUUUCUUUCUUUUUGCAGGGAGCUCAUCUACCUCGAUGCUCGAAUGGGACAAACAUUAUCUUACCUUUGGCGGGCCCAAUGAAUGGCACGGAUUUGGCACUUACAAGAAGCGGCUCCAGUUAUCAUGAUCGAGGAAAUUCCUAUCUUCCUUUGUUGUAUAAUUUUCAAGAACCAGAGGGAAAUUUGAGCUUUCUCACUCGCAUUGUUGUGCUUACUUUCCAUCCUUUGACUACUGGAAGAGCUCCAGUUGCCCUUGGUGAGGUACACAUUUUGUUUCCUUAUUUUCAGAUAGAUGAAGUUAUUUUAUCAACAAACAAAAUUGCGACAUUGUUAAUCUACUGUUAUAGUCUAAGUUAGUGUUUUAACCUGGACCUAUCUUUAUGACAUUCCUCGUCAUAAAUUGUUUCUGCAGUAUUAUUAUAUGUGGUGCUGUUAUUCCUGGCUUACAUUGCUUUUGGAUAGGAUUGGUCACUGUUCCCACAUGAGAUUCAGCGUCUUUUCUUCUAGCUCAAAACAUCAUUUGAUAUAACCCUUCCUGGACCUUCCUAGACAAUGAUUGUCUAGUGUUUUGUAGAGGUACGUUGCAUUAUAGGCCCCGGGUUUUUUUUCUCAUAAUUGAGUUUUUUAACUGUACUCUUUUAUCCUAGCUCCGAAGGAUCAUCUAAUAUGAUCCCUCCUGGACCUCCCUUUUACACACGCACAUAUUAUUGUAAUAUUUUUUUAGGGGAAGACGUCGAAUGUUUGUGGUUUUGUAGGGUUAUGUUGCAGCAUGGUCCACAGUUUUUGUUUUGCAAACACAAUUGUGUGGGAAAAAAACGCAAAGCUCUUUGCCCAUGAAAAUUGAGUAGUGUAACUCAAUUCUGAAAAUAAGAAAGAGAGACAUUGGACUGUGAUGCAACAUACCUCUACAAAACCAGAUGAAACCAAUGUCUGUACCCCCUAAAUAUUUUACAACGAUAUGCUCUUGAGCAGAAUGGAGGUCCAGAAGGAAUCGUAUUAGAUGAUGUUUUGGAACCAGCAGAAAGUUGUAGAAUCUUAUGUGGGAACAUGGAGCUCUAUUGUACCCAAAAACAAUGUAAGCCUAACUUAUGCAUUCAAUUUGUUUAUUUAACAGGAUGAAUGUGGAUAUAAGGAGCGUAUAUUUACACUAACAUCGAACAGUUUCCGGGUGGAACGAAAGCAUAUUUCAUUCCAUUGAAGAACUUUGAGAAAGAUUAUGACUUACUUCUCGUUACCCAAUCCACUUGCUAUUUUUAUGGAAUAACCCAUUCGAUCAAAUGGACAAAUGUCAUGGAAAAUUAUGCUAUUUUCCCAGUGAAGAGCUGCAAAUGUUUCAAAUGGUUCCAAUAUAAGUCUUUUAUUAAAUUUGACCUGGUUGAUGGUAUUUACGUCAUCAAUUGAGAAGAAAGUGAUAUCCACCUAGUAGAAUCUUGUAUCAUCAAAUUCCAAUGAUCUUUUGCUUCUGCCAAGUAUUUGUUCCCAAUUACUUUCAUUAAUUAUUCAGUAGACUCGUUUUUUCAUCCAGGAGGAUCUUUAUGAGGACUGUAUUUAUUGUGGAAUCAUAAUUCCCAUUUCCUUGAUGAUCAUAAACAAGUCUUCAAAUGUAAUACAAAUGGGCUAACUGUUCCCUAUAAUCCCAUGUCUUCAAUUACUUCAUGCUCUUUAGUUCUUUUGCAUCUGACAUCCGGAAAAUUCAGCAUAACUGUGUGGGAGGUGUGGAUAGCUAGUGGCUUUUUUCCCCCUGUAAUCCACCCUUUGGUACCUCUCUGUUGCCCCUUUCACACAUAACAAGCUUCCUACCUGUAUUCUUCGUCAUCACCUGAAUAGGGAUGUUAAACCAUGACACUGGGCAGGCACUUUUGUUUUUCAUUACUAAUCCUGGUACUUUUUUCCAAUUUUACAGUUUGAGGUACUUGGAGUUUCUCUUCCUUGGAGGCGCAUAUUCUCUAAGAAAGAAGCAGGAUCAAACUUUAUUGAGGAAGUCCAGAGGCAUCAAAAAGAGAUAAAGUCUUUUCUAUCUGUUUCUGACGUUGAUCAGUUUAAAAACCCUUUUCUUGGUCCGGACAUCAGCCAUUCUUCUAGUGCAUCUUUAUGUGGUGGGAGUGUUGCUCUAAGAGACCAAUCAAAAAAUCUUGACCUUGGAUUUGAUCUUCUCACUGGCGAAUCUGUGUCCUCUCAGCCCACAUUACAGCCAGAUUUGCCAGUUGUGCAAGAUUCUUUAUCUUUUGACGAUGACUGGACAGACUUACUUGCCAUUCCUUCAUCUGUUGCCACAUUAAAGGGAUCUGAUGUCAGACACGAAAGUCAGUCACCUAAAUGCAACAGUGGUAUUCAUUAUUACCUGAAUUGCUUUAGAGAUAUCUCUGAUAAGGUGAAUGCUGUUUUAUAACUUAGAUAAAUUUUAUGAUAUUUUUCGAAUACUUGGAAGACUUGUUAAACAAAUUAUUCCCACUCAAUUUUAAUUGUAUUUUUGACAAAAAUAUUUCUGUUGAUCCUUUUCUUGAGUUGUUCUUAAUUUGAUGUGUAGGUGGUCGUAUUAUUUUCAAGUAAAAUGACUUUGGUGUUAAAUUUUAUUUUAUUUGUGUUCAAUGAGAAACUUUAAAAAAUCCCAUUUCCAGCUCAAAUUAAAUUGGAUGGCACGGCUGAAGUGUAUACACUCAUUUUUCUUACCUGGAGUAAGUAGCUCUCUUCAAGUGGAAUCACCUCUAAAAAUCAGCAUGUUUACCUCCUCUGUUAAAUUCCAGUCUGAAGAAAGGUAACCCUUUGCUUAAUCAACCAUGGUCGAGUUGCUUAUUUCAGUCCAUAUGAAGACUGCUUCAGGUUUCUGAGUGGUGAAGGCAGUGAUAAUUCUUACUCGAAUACAUAUGACACCAAAUCACCUUUUAGGAAAGCAUUUUUCAUAUCCAUUUGAAAACUAGGUCAUGAUUGAGGGGAAGAAAGUGCAAGUGUUCUAACAGCAGUCAUCUUAACAACAGGCGCAAAUGUAUUAUGUCAGUUAACAUUGUUAUCUUUUUUAUUCCUAAUGCUAUCGAUAUGUUUCUAAUCAUCCAUCUGAUUGUGGGUCCUAGCAAGAGCAUUUAGUUCCUCAUUCGCAGCCUACUGCCAAUACUCUUCCUUCACUACCUGUGAGUUGAAGUAGGAAUAGAAAUUUUAGAUUACGCAGAUAAAUAGGAUGUGGCGGGAAACCUGUAUUUGCUGAUGAAUGAGAGUGAUGGGUAGACUUUUGAAAGACGGUGAACCAAGAUCAUGGUGUGGAUACAACGAUGGGUGGGCUGAACCAAGAUCAUACAUGGUUUCAGGUCUGGAGACAGCAAUGGGUGGGCAACUAUUAGCAUUUCCACAAUGUUCAUUUGCAGGAUAAAUCUUCAUUUUUUGAUAUGCAAUGCUUCAUGUUUCGCCCUUCGCCUAUAGAACUCAUCAGAGUUGAUUUUUUUAUUGUUUUAUACCAUAGGUGUAUCAAUUCAAUGCAUCAAGGAUAAGAUGGUACGAGGAAAUACAAUAGUGUGAUAAUAAAAAAGAAGUGGCAUAAUAAACAUCAACAUUUUUGUAUAAUCAGAUGCAUUUGGUUUGAGAAUCAUAACAUCUAAAUCCUUUUUUAUGUACUGCAUAACCAAGAAACACGUGCUACAGAUUAAGGUUUAUGAUGGUCAAUGGAUGGAAGAUGGACAACAAAAGACUACCAAGAGCAUGAGUUCUGUUAUAUUCUGGUUGUUUUUGGAAAAGCUGGAAACGUAGAUUUUGAUUUUUCAACUUGGAGAGAUUUGUUGCUUCAUCAAGAAUAUUUAUGUCUGCACUGCCUCGUCCAAAAUGUUAGAUAAACUUGUGUCAAGAAGUGCAGAAGUCCCAUAAAAGAUUCCUAUGCGUUCUUUCAGCAUUCCUAAUUUGUCGUGGCAAAAAUAGAAAUGAACUAUUGGAAAAAUUCUCUCCUCAUGACUCAGAAUUAAGAUUUUACUCUGUUUCUCAAUCUGAGUUUUAAUUAUUUGAGUAAAGGAUUUGAGAGCAUCAAAAACAUCAGAUUUUGCAUGCAAGAGAUAAACAAAGUGAAGCAGCUGAAGUCAUCAAUUAAUGUGCAAAGUGUUUGUAACCAAAUGAAUCAAUUCAAAAAUAGUAAGUAAGACGUAAAAGAAAUUUUUAUCCAAGAUGACUAUGAUUCGUAAGUCUGGUCAUACCAUUGAUUGAAUAGUUUCUGCAUCAAUCACUAGCAAGUUAGAGGUUGAUAUGUUAUUAACUGCCAUGAAUGUUGGGGAACAAAUAUCUGCAUUUGGCAUAGUGGUAUGAAAUGUUUCAACUCCGGAGGUGGAUGUCGUGGGUGAACCUUUAGUACAUUGACAGAGGUCGAGAGAAAACCAAAUCUCGCACUUAAUUGAUGUUAGGGUCUAGUAUUUAUACCAGAUCCACCUUACAGGCGAACCAGACCGGGCUGAACCAGUCUUGGAAAAGAUAACUCAGUACAUUUCAACAGUGCAAUCUCUAUCAAGAUGUUCAUAUUUUUGACAAGAAAAGAUAACAUUAUAUGUUCCUAGUACCUUUUAUCCUACGAUGCUCCUUAGAAAUGAACGUCACAUUAUCGCUCUUUAUUCUGUCAUUAUGUCCACCAUUCUUUCUGCUCUCAUACGUUGUUCUCCACAUAAUCUCUUGAAAAGCCUCCUCCGAGUUAAGAAUUGGUUUUCAAUUCAUCAAUUUUCUAUGAACUGUUUCAUGUUUUGAUCAGAGUUGUAUUAGACAUUGACCUCACAUGUUUUCCUCUUGUGGUUUUUGUACCUCUUGUAAUGCUGAAUUCGGAACUGCAAGAUAAAAUUAAACUCAAGUCAUAAGUUCAUGAAACCAUAAUAAUACUCUUUCACGAUUUUCCUUCUCUAGUUAUUCUCAUUAAACUCAAUUCAAAGUUGUGCUUUAGAAGAGUCAUUUUCUUGAUGGCAUAUGGUCUUCAAGAAAUUCCGCGCAGUUGUUACGAUACUUUGAACGCUCAGAUUCAAUUCUAAGUGUGGUUUUAUAGUGCUCAGAAUCUAGCUCAUUAUUGUUGCAUUAUUUUUCUUCCAAGUUUCUUCAACAUCACAUCAAAAAUUCUCACAAGAAGGGUUUUUCCUAUUGAAACGAAGGGGCAUAAUACUUGUUUUUUUCUUUAGUCUCCAUGAUUUUCUAGAGGAUAGUGGAUGGGACAAAAAUAUGGAUCUAACCUGUGAUUGAAUGCCAGAAAGAGCUAACUUUCAUCAAAACACGUUUCCUCAAGCACAACUACCAAGAUACAUUAUGUUUGAAGUAGCAAGAAACUUUUGAGGUAGGGCUUCGAUACCAGAUAAGCGAGAGGACUAAGAGAGAACAGGACAGCGUGAAUGAGUUGUAAUGCUCCGCUCCUAAGAAAUCUCAGAACCUCUUCAUAAAGACUUUAUAAGAUUCAAAAGAGGGAACGUGAAUUUGUACAAAGAAGGCAACAACAUAGUAUUAUUGGAUCUUAUAAGGUACAACUAUAUCCAAAUAGGAAAUAACUAUUAUAAGGAAAAAAUAAUGACUCAAUAUUGAGAAUAAUAAUAUUCAUUCUAUCUCAUAUUUCAUAGAAUACUAUUGUUACAUGUCAUUCCUGAUAUCUGCAUGAUACAGCCCUAAAAGAAUUAGUCUUCCUAUGAGAGUGUAUCAAAGUAGUCGCUCAUUGAUUGAGAGCCAUAUUCUACUCGUUGACGGUUGAUUGUGAAUCGUACGCCCUAAUUCGUUCAUGUGUCCUUCAUAGAAAAUAAAAGUGUUUAAAUUCCGUCUUCCAUUUUUCUUUCUAAUAUGUUAUUGGAUCCAUUUCUCUGCGUAGUAGAUGAAAAAUGUAAUCUCUUGUCGGUGAAUGAUAUCUGUGAAGUUGAAAGACACGAUUUUAUCCUCUAUGUAAUUCCUCAUAGAAAAUGUGAAAUAGACGAGACUUCUCAUAGUAUUUGACAAGUUAGUGAUCCAGGUUACAUCUCAAUCAGAUGGCUUGCAUAAUGAAAUAUAAGGGUAUGCAAGGAAAGCAAUGACUGAACCAGAUAUUGACUUGCAUGAGAGUUCGCUAGUUAUAGUCCAUAUGUGACAUUGGAUCUGUAUAAUUUUAAUUCAAAGGCUGUUGGUUUUGAUAUUUACAGAGGUUUGUAUGUGGAUCGGGUUCUUGGAUUCUUUCAAGACUCCUUUUUCACCUGAGCAGUAGAGGUGGCCAAGUUUCGUGAUCUUGCUGUUGUCGAUUUCAAUGCCAGCUAGGUUUUAUUCAUGUUAGUUUAAUGAGAAACCUGCAGUUGUAAAAGAAGGGGGCUUAAAUUGAAUGAGAAUUUGAGUUCAUUCCUUCUAAGGAAUUUCUUAUCAAGUGACUAAUAUGUUAAUGGCCUCGCAACCUUCUGUGCUUUCUCUCCUAGUUGUUUUAUUUUCCCUCUCUUCUCUAACGGAAUCUGUGAGCAUCUGGGGGAUUACAUUUGCUUGAGGCAGUCUCAUUUACUAUACUACUGCAGCUAUCCGCUGCUUUUGCAUUCUGGAACGUUUUGCUGUCAAAGCACUACAGCAUCUUAUUUGCUUCCUGUGGCAUGUACUGAUGGUGAUCGUAGAUCAGUGUGUUCUGGAAAUGCAUUAGCAACUGCAGACUGACUUGGGAAAGCCUUUUUUUUUACGGAGUUGGAUGUGCAUUCAUGUUAAAUCUGUUAUGUCUUUAAUCUAAGACUCUCUUGCUGAUUGUUGACGAGUACUUUUGGGUAGUUGAAAUACAGAAACGAUUGGCUCUCGAACAAAUGUUUUCUCGCAAGUUUAUAUCUUUUCAAGUUGUCUAAUAUUGCACCAUGAUAAUUACUUAACCUUAGGUUCCCAUUUUGAUAUUGUAUGAUGGAGCGUUUCAAUUUUUUGCCUCCUGGAAGGUCAUCUGUGUAUUGAUGAUUUUGUGUAUUUUAUUCUUAGAAGCACGAAUUGGACUAUGAAGAUGCAAUGAAGCUUGAGAUUAAACGCCUUGGAGCUGGUCUUUCUGCCGCUGAUAGAGAUAGAGCCUUGCGCUCAAUUGAAGUCAAUCCUGAUACUAUUGAUCCAAAUCGUUUAGUCAAUGAUUUUGACUUAUUAAAGUUAUCCAAAUCAGCAGAUAUUCUUGCAUGGCUGGCACAUUCUGCAUUUGAGGACAAGAUUGUUGCUUCUAUUGGUCUUGAUACCGCUGACCACAUUGGUAUUGACUUUUGGAACUUAAAUGUGAAUGGAGAUAACUGCAUCGGUUCUGGUUGUGAAGUCCGCUGUGCAGCACAAGCAGCAGAAAAACUACCUUCGUCAAAACCCUCCAAUCAAAGUAAACCAUCGUUAAUUGUAUGCUUUUUCUGCGGAAAAAGGUCUUGUGUAGUAUGCUGUGCUGGGAAAGGAGCUACAUUGCUUGCUGGCUAUAACUCAAGAGAGAACAAAAGGUUAUCGGGUUCUUCAAGCCAGAGUGGAUCAAGCCAUGGUGGCCGUAGUGAGGGUUCCUAUGGUCCAGUUCCUCCAGAUGGAUUUAUCUGUAAAAUCUGCUGUAACGAGGAGAUAAUUUAUGCAUUGUAUGUGGAUUAUGUAAGAACCUUAACCAGUUUACGAAGACGAGAUCGUGCUGAUUCUGCAGCACGUGGAGCUCUGGGCCAGCUUGCAGGCUCCGAAACUGAGGCAAAUCAAAGCUCUGGAGAAUAUGAUAGGAGCAACAAAUGGUUACGAACGUUACUGAAUCAGAAAGAGUCUCUAGCAGAGUUUCCAUAUGCGAGCUUUUUACAUUCGGUAUGAAUCCGAAUCCCUGGCUGGUCCCUUUUCUUACCUUAUGAAUGAGAAAAAGAUAGUUUCCCGCAGCACUGUUGAUGAACAGAAUGAUUAAACGACCACAUAAUAAUGCUUGAUUGACCUAAGUUUACUGAUAUAGAAAACAUCUAACCAGUCUUCUCUACCCCCACCUUAUUUUCUUCAAGCAUAUUUAAUAAAGAUUCAAGAACCCGUAAGCACUUAUGUGUUGUUCGCCUGUUCCCAACUCCAUACAACCAUCUUACAUAUCUAAGCAUGUCUUUUAUUAUUUUAGUUUCUAGCAUAUUAUAUAUAUAUAUAUAUAUAUCCUUUUUCCUUGGACCUGGUUGAGCUCCUGAAUCUAAGGAAGACGUUGUAAUCCUUUAAUGAAUAUUUUCUUGACCUUUUUCAUUUAUAAUUUCCCUUGUGCGGCGGCAGGUUGAAACAGAAGUGGGUUCAGAGCCAGUAUUGUCACUGCUCAGCCCCUUGUAUUUUGGGGCAUUGCACUCAUACUGGAGAGCUCCUCGUGGCUGCUCGAGCGUGGAAUUCUCCAUCGUUCUUGGAACUCUGUCUGACGUCUCCGGUGUCAUCUUGCUCGUCAGUUCCUGUGGCUAUUCAGCCUUCGAUCUUCCUCUCGUAAGCUUCUUCUACCAGCCCCUCUUGUUCCUAUUUCCUAACUGUUCAAAGUAUCUCUGUGCUGUGUCUUGAAUGCCCAUUUACAGCAUCUCUCCGUGGUGCAUUUUGAUGAAUUUGAUGCUUUGCAGGUAAAUAUAUGGGCCGGCGAGAAGAUAAAUAGGGAAGAACGCUCAUUCAUUGGAAAAUGGAACUUGCAGUCACUAAGCGCGGCCUCUGAGCUUCAUGGGCCCGAACACCCUGGCCGUGAUAGAGAUACUCCUAGACACGUCAAGUUCCAGUUUCGGAAUCCUGUUCGAUGCCGAAUCAUAUGGGUUACAUUGACUCUCCAGAAGGCCGGGACAAGUUCUGUUAACCUAGAGAGAGAGUACAAUCUUCUCUCUCUAGAUGAUCCCUUCUCGCAGCCCCCUGCAGGUGGUUCUUUCAGUGAGGCUGCUGUGGGAAGCGACCCACGCAUCCACGCCAAACGUCUUAUAGUGUUUGGAAGCCGCUUGGUGAAAGAACAGAGGGUCGAUUCAUCGCAGGGACUCGACAACAUGAACGCCAAUUCCUGGUCGGAAAGAUCCCCAAAGCUGGGUCGAUUCAGGGUGCGAAUCUCCUACUCUCUUCAAUGAAAAAAUGGGUUUUUUUUUUUUUUUCUCAACGAAAAACUUUCUGUCCCAAUCCCCGCAGGUCCCGGUUGAAACAGAGAGGUUGACUGGGAAUGAUCUCAUCCUGGAGCAGUAUCUGUCGCCGGCCACACCUCCCCUCGCAGGAUUUCGCCUGGAUGCCUUCAGUAUAAUAAAACGAAGAGUCGCCCACUCACCUUCUUCCAUGGACAUGGACAAAUGGGAUCCUUCCUUCAAAUACUUGGAAGACAGCAGCAUUUACCCACCAGUCUUAUACGUCCAAGUUUCCGCGGUGAAGGUACCUACCCCCUUUAGUUACCUCUGAACCUGCAGAUGCCAUCAAUAUUGUCUCUUUCUCGUUCUGAUUGGCGAUGGCGCUUUUGGCGAUCUUCCCAGGACAACGGGUCACCGGUUAGGGUGGGGGAAUAUCGCUUGCCGCAGGCCCGUGUGGGCACGGCCAUGUACUUCGACUUCCCAAGGGCUAUCCAAGCCCGAGUCGUCGUCUUCAAGUUACUCGGAGAUGUCACCGGCUUCGCCGAUGAUCCGACAGAGCAGGACGAGUUCCGCCCUGUAGCCUCGGGGCUGGCUAUGUCGGGCAACAGAGUUAGACUGUACUACUACGCCGACCCAGCCCAGCUUGGAAGAUUAACUGCCCUCUCCGCGGUCUGA